AUGAGAACAACGAUUUAUGGCGGCUUGACCCGCCAUUGGUACCGGUUGAUAAAUAAAUUUAGAGAGAUGGAGUUUGAUGUAUUUGAAAAGUUAAGUGAACUGGAGACUGAAAUCCACAUUUUGAAGAAGGAACUCGAAGAAAAAGAUGCAUUCAUUCAAAACCUGAUGGACAAAAAUACGGACUUAGAACGCCGUCUACUAUCUCUCGAUCAAAACAGUGUGACCGGUGAAAAUAAUUUAUCACGUGUAAAAGAGAUUGCUCCCAACGGUUCGAAUACUACUGAUUCUAAAACAUAUGGUGCAUCAAUAGCUAAUAUGCUUAAAGAAACAUCGGAAGCUGUUGUACGUAAUACAGGCUACACAUUCGACGAACGAACUGGUUUGUAUUAUGAUCAUAAAAGUGGCUACUAUUAUGAUCCGGAAAAUCAGUUAUUUUACGAACCCAAAACCGGGACAUACUAUAAGUACAAUUCAGAAACUGGUGAAUAUACAAAUUAUACUGCAUCAGAAGACGAUGCUAUGAAUAGCAAAUUCAAGGAAUUCUCUCACCCGGUGUAUGCACACUUACUAAAGGUCAGUUUAUAUCGAGUCAUCGGAUCAUCAGUGGAGAUACAGUUGUACAGAAAACAAUCAAAUCCACUCGAAAGAAACAAACAUUUGACAUUUUAUCUCGAUUUCCUUACUUACAAAAUGCAACAGCGCCACAAAGCAGAAAAAGAAAACGAUCAUGGUUACCUAUCAAAGACUGUAUCUAGACAAAGUCGGUCAACAAGCAGUGAUAUUGGUCAUCGUAGAAGACGGAAAAGUCGUAGUCACUCUGGUUCGCAAUACUGUCGUUCAUACUACAAACAUAGAUGUGAAAGUCCAUCAUUUCAUAGACAUACAAGGCGCAGACAAAAAUCUUACAGAUACUCCCAUCGUUCUGGAAGUUCUCGUAGUGAUGAAAGCCGCUAUAAACGUAGUAAACAUCGGAGAAGAAAACACUCCCAUCGACGCAGGCAUCGGUCAUCUUCUACUACUGGUUCUGUGUGUUCGUACAAAAGUCGAAAUUUGACACAUUCAAAAAAGAAAAGAAAACGAAAGAACAGAAGUCCUACGGAUAGUUCCAAUAGCACUACUUCUAGUUCUAAUUCUUUAAAAGAAAAACCAAAAUCGUUAAUUGAAGAAGAAGUGAUCACAUCAUUUACUGGCGAUCCGGUUGUUUAUCCUCCAUGUGUACGUCUAAUGGUACUAGCAUCACAAUAUGCUCAAACAGGACAACUUUUUAUCAUUACAAGUCAAGAGUCAACUGAAGGCAAGGGUUGUAUUGGAAAAUCGUCUCAUUUAUGCCCAUAUGCACAUUUAACAAAUGACCCAGAGAUAAGCGAGUUGCAUUGUGAAGUUAUUUACGAUACAGAUAGUCGUCAAUAUUCUCUGCUGGAUCGGGGUUCUAAUUUCACUACCACUAUCAAUGGUAUUACUUUGGCAAAGUGUAAAUCAUCAAUAUUACGUCAUGGUGAUAUAAUACGAUUAGGUUCAACCCGUUUACUUGUACACAUACAUAAUGGUAAUGAAACAUGUGGACAAUGUGAUCCAGACGAGAUUAAGGCUGCUUUAACUUCAAUUAUAGAUGUCAAUGAAACAAUCAAUUCUACAAAUGAUGAUAUGAAUACAGAAAAUCUAACUGAAACUAUACCGACACAUUCAUCAAAAGAUGCUGAAAGACGUGCAAAAUUAGAUGAAAUAAAGAAAAAAUAUGGUUUAAAGUUUCCGCGAAUAAGACCUCAGACAAAGACAGACAGACAAUAUAUGGAUCGUGCUGCACAACGACGUGCAAUCGAAGCAAAUUUAAAAGCAGCAGGUUAUCCAUUACCUCCUGCACCAGGUGUAAUAAAACAGCAACUUAUUAAAACUCCACUAAUAACUCGAGCAACACCAGCCAGUGUAUAUAAACCUAUUGGAGAUGAAAAUAAAGGAGCUAAAUUAUUAGCUAAAAUGGGUUGGACACCUGGUCAAGGAUUGGGUAAAAGUAAAACUGGAAUUUCAGAACCGAUAACUGUUAGUUUACGUGUCAAUCCACAAGCUGGUCUUGGUUCAAGCAGUUUAUCAAACAAUACAAUAUCGAUUGAUUCAACACCAAGAGAAUUAUCACAAGCAUAUAUUCGUGCAAAAACAAAAGAACGUUUUGAUAAAUUAUCAUAA